AUGAGAUCUGGGUUCCUAGAUGUGUUGAAACGAUUAAAAAAGAAAACUAAAAUGUAUUUCAGCAAGAAGGAAGAAAAAGCGUGGCAGAUUAAAAAGUUCGCUAUUCCACGAAUCAUUCCUAGGAUUUCUAACUCUUGGAAGAAAUGGACUUGUUCAGCCUUACAAUUUGCUGAAUUAGAUAAUCAAGUAAAAUUUACAGCGAGUAACAUUCACAUCAUCGCCACUGCACAAAAGCUACCUGAUCAAUUAGAAUUUCGUAAUCCCCAUCCUCUUCUCAUAGGAAGUGGUUCCAUUUGGGACUUUCAAGCCUCAAAUGCUUUGAGAGGAAAACUUAAGGAAGCAAUUCAUGAUCAGUACAAGUUUUGGAAAGUUGAACAACGUGAAAAAACAAAAAUACCAGAAUAUUUCAUUCUAGCAGGAGCUGGAGAAGUGAUGCCGACUUACAAAAUCGCCUUAAAAGAUGCUCUUGUAUUUAAUUUAUCGUUUGAAAAUGGGACUAAAUUAAUUCGGGGAGAAGAAGACAUAAGCUCUAAUGCAAUUGGUAAUCGAAUGCUCUUUCAAUUACUGAAGCAAACUAAUGAAACUUGGAAUGAUUUUAAGAAUCGAUAUGAUGUAACACCAGAAGAUGUAUUGCGCAAAAUUGCCAAACAUCGCACUCAAGAAGUUAAGGAUCUGAAUGUAAUUAUUAUUCUGGAUGAUUGCAUCUCCUCACUUGGCAUUCUUUCGCUUUUUGGUCCAUUUGUUGUUGUCUGUUGUACGGUCACCAUCAGCAUGCACAUUCAUGAUUUCCUUGCCAGUUCAGCACAAAAAAGAAUUUUUCUACCAGUCACAUCAUUACAACCUCCGAAAAUAAAUAACAUCCCAGUUUUUAAUGAUAGCCCAAUAAUGGAUAUGCUCAUAGAUGAUAUGGGAGGUCAUGGACGUGCAUUGGAGGCUUUAGGAGAAGCAUUUGAAGAUAAAGAUUUAAGCAAAAUCAAUUUUAUCGAUCUAAUAAAUAAUGUGCGAUUGAAUCUCACAUAUAAUUAUUCGGGAUGGCUGGCCAAAACUGCUUAUUUGAGACCUAUCCUCCGCAUUAUUUUGGCACAUAUAUCUGUUAACAAAAAUCAAACCAUCCUUGGUCUUGACGGAGAAAAAAUUAAAAUAGAUGAUGUAAUACAGUUUGGACUAGUUCGAUUUGAGAGUUUCGAUCCUGACCGAGUUGUUGGUUAUCUAUCGUGUCCAUACAUUUGGCUAUGGAUUAUGGCUCACGCAUAUCACGAAAAUAUAAAUGAUCCUUUAUUACGAAAUUGGGAUUUUGCUUACUACAAUGAGGUACUCAACGAAGCAGGAGACCCUAAUAUCCCACCUGGUUGCCAAUACUGGCAACAUUUUGAGUAUUUAGUUGCUCAGUUUCGCUCUCUAAAAUCGAAUAUCUAUGAUUAUGACCAACGAGUUGAUCUCAGUGUCAUUCAUAAUGGUGCCACGCAUAACUUUAGCCAAGUUUCCAUAUCCAAUCGACAACUUACAUUAUCAAAAUCAGUUGAAAGAGUCAGCACCAAGUCUGAAGAUUAUAGGAAUCAAGAUACAACAAUUUUGUGCACAUCAAUACAAAUUAUUGAGAGAACAAGCAUUUCUCAGAAAAAUUUUGAAGAAGAAUAUAUAAAAGCAACUAGUUCAGGUGAUAUUUUCAUUUUUUACACAUCAGCAUUCUCCCAACAACUUGAACUCCAACCAAUGUCUGCAAAAAGAAACUGGAAAGAAUAUUUCAGUCCUUUCGCUGGGAGAUGCUAUAAUUAUGCUAUGGGGCCACCAGAUAUUAAUAAAGCGACAUUCACUCAGCUGACUGGAAUUGAGGGAAUUGCAAAAAAAACGUGCUAA